AUGAGACAUUUCCUAUUGAUCGCAAGUGCCUUCUUCACUGUUGUCACAGAAGCAACUGAAUACAAGAACGUUUUUGGCCAACCACUUCAAUCUUGCAGUUCCAGUGGCAUGGCGCUGACUGGAUUCACACGGAAUGGACAUUGCAUGGACCGACAGGACGAUAUUGGAUCCCAUCACAUUUGCAUCGACAUGACCAGUACCACGGGAGGAAACUUUUGCUCUAUUACAGGCCAGCCUGAUUGGUGUAGUUCCUACAUGCCAUGUCACGAAAAUAGCAGUGCGGCCUGUCCCGUGCAAGACUGGUGCGUCUGUCAGUGGGCAUUUGCCAGUUACAUUCAAAAGGCUGGAGGCUGCAACGCCAUUCAAGAUAUCGUAUGUGACGCAAUCAAUAUGCAAGCGAUGGUUGCCUAUGAACGGCAGUCUGCUGAUCCAAGAUACAAGGAAGCCUUUGAUUGUAUCAGGACAAAAUGUGGUAUUCAGUAG